UUCCGGGCUGGAGUAGUCAGGGCCGGGCUGGGGCGAGCGUUUCCCAGCGGCUCCCUGCUGCCUCCGGGGAAGCGUGUGGCGAGGCCCGGGGACGGCUCUGCAGCGCGAGACCCGUUCCGUCACGGAGGCCCCUUCGCUCCCGCCGCCAUUGUUGCCGUGUGGCCUUUCGGGCCGUUCGGGCUGCACGGUGACCGGGCCCCAGCGACAGGAUCUCUUACUCAUUCCUGCAAGUCUAGGCUCAGAAUUUACAACUAAAGCUGUUAACUUUACCUCGGCUUUGUUCUGCCUCUGGUUGCUGAAACCCUUGAUGUCUUUGUGGCUGUAGCAUGAGACUUCAAGCAAUUGCCUCCUUACUGGAGAAAUAAAAGAUUGCCAGAUUUACUCUCCUGUUGGUAGCAAUGUUAGCCUCAAGGAAAAUGAUGACCAGUUCUUCACGCUCUCAAAUCCUUCUAAUGUGGAAAUCAGACAAGGCUCAAAGUAGACCCCACAAUGUUGAUAAGCAAGCCCUUACUGCAAGACUCUUUCGUGACACUGAGACUUGUCGACAAAAUUUUAGGAAUUUUCCAUACCCAGACCUGGCUGGUCCUCGAAAAGCAUUAAGUCAACUCCGGGAGCUCUGUCUCAAGUGGCUGAGACCUGAGAUUCACUCCAAGGAACAAAUUCUGGAACUAUUGGUGCUGGAGCAGUUUCUGACUAUCCUGCCUGGUGAGGUUAGGACUUGGGUAAAGUCCCAGUAUCCAGAGAGCAGCGAGGAAGUGGUGACUCUGGUGGAGGAUUUGACUCAGAUCCUAGAAGAGGAAGCCCCUCAGAACUCUGUCCUUUGCCAGACCCCAGAAGAAGACCCCAGACAUGCUUUCCAGGCAGGGUGGUUCAAUGACUUGGUGACCAAAGAAUCAAUGACAUUCAAAGAUGUAGCUGUGGACAUCACCCAAGAAGACUGGGAACUAAUGCGUCCUGUACAGAAAGAAUUGUACAAGACUGUGACGUUACAGAACUAUUGGAACAUGGUUUCUCUAGGACUGACUGUGUACAGACCAACUGUGAUUCCCAUAUUGGAAGAGCCAUGGAUGGUGAUAAAAGAAAUUUUAGAAGGCCCUAUUCAAGAAUGGGAAACUGAAGGACGAGCCUGCACUACAGUAGAAAAUAUUCCUAAAUUCAAACAAGAUGGAACCCAGACCAUCAAGAUGGAAGAAUCAUAUGACUAUGAUGACAGAUUGGAGACAUAUACAACCUAUACCUUUGGGAAAUCCCACACUAAUGAAAGAAAUUUCAGUUUGAAGUCAGUCUUUUCUGAAGAAGAUCCUACAGAAGAGUAUCUUAGUAAAUAUGAUAUAUAUAGAAAUAAUUUUGAAAAUCAUUCAAACCUAAUUGUACAGUUUGAUACCCAGUCAGAUAAUAAAACUUUUAUGUAUAAUGAUGGCAAGGCAACCUUCAGUAAUGUCUCAUAUGAUAUUGUACAUGGGAAAAUACUUCCUGGAGAGAAGCCUUAUAAGUGUAAUGGGUGUGGGAAAAAAUUCAGAAAAUACCCAUCCCUCCUGAAACACCAAAGUACCCAUGCCAAAGAGAAAUCUUAUGAAUGUGAAGAAUGUGGAAAAGCAUUCAGGCAUAUUUCAUCCCUCAUUGCACAUCAGAGAAUGCAUACUGGAGAAAAACCAUAUGAAUGCCACCAGUGCGGUAAAGCCUUCAGCCAGCGUGCACACCUUACUAUACACCAGAGAAUCCAUACUGGAGAGAAACCCUAUAAGUGUGAUGACUGUGGAAAAGACUUUAGUCAGCGAGCACACCUUACUAUCCAUCAAAGGACACAUACUGGAGAGAAACCAUAUAAAUGUUUGGAAUGCAGUAAAACCUUCAGCCAUAGUUCAUCACUAAUUAAUCAUCAGAGAGUUCAUACUGGAGAAAAACCUUAUAUAUGCAACGAAUGUGGGAAAACCUUCAGUCAGAGUACACACCUUCUUCAGCAUCAAAAAAUACAUACUGGAAAAAAACCAUAUAAAUGCAAUGAGUGCUGGAAAGUGUUUAGUCAGAGCACUUACCUUAUUCGACAUCAAAGAAUUCAUUCUGGAGAGAAGUGUUACAAAUGUAAUGAAUGUGGAAAAGCCUUUGCUCAUUCCUCAACUCUUAUUCAACAUCAAACAACUCAUACUGGAGAGAAAUCCUAUAUAUGUAAUGUGUGCGGGAAAGCCUUCAGUCAGAGUGCAAACCUUACUCAACACCAUAGAACACAUACUGGAGAGAAACCAUUUAAAUGUAGUGUGUGCGGGAAAGCCUUCAGCCAGAGUGUGCACCUGACACAACAUCAGAGGAUUCAUAAUGGAGAAAAACCCUUUAAAUGCAAUAUAUGCGGGAAAGCAUAUAGGCAAGGUGCAAAUCUUACUCAGCACCAAAGGAUUCAUACUGGAGAGAAACCCUAUAAAUGUAAUGAAUGUGGGAAAGCUUUCAUUUAUUCCUCAUCACUUAAUCAACACCAGAGAACUCAUACAGGAGAGAGACCCUAUAAAUGUAAUGAAUGUGACAAAGAUUUUAGCCAGAGAACAUGCCUUAUUCAACACCAGAGAAUUCACACAGGAGAGAAGCCCUAUUCAUGUCGUAUAUGUGGUAAAUCCUUUACCCAGAGCACAAACCUUAUUCAACAUCAGCGUGUUCAUACAGGUGCCAAACAUCGCAAAUAAUGCAUGUAGGAGACUUCACUUAGGUUUUCCAAUCUGGUUACAGAAAUUUCAUGCUGUGUGCUCUGUGUUAAACAUUCAAAAGAAAUCCCCAAAAGUGCAAUAUUUGUUAAAUAUCAUAGUAUCAUAAAUAACAGAAUUAGUAGCAUGGGUAUAAUCCAUUUGAAUUUAAUAUUAAAUUUAAUAAGGAAGGUUAGUUAACUUCUUAAUCUUUAUUUGUUAUCAGUUCAAGUCAUUCCAGGAAAAAAAAAACUGUAAAAGGUUAAAAAUCUAGUUUGUCAACUUUUGCUAUAUUUCAAGUAUCUUAUUGAGGCCUUAUGAAUGUAACUUGGAAGUGUCCAUCAAGUAGAGAUUUCACACUAGAAAAUACCUUGGGAUUAUAGAAAAGACAAAGCUGCUAUGGGGCCUUUUUCUUCCCAUCUUGAAGCCUUAAAAUAUGUAGAAGGUCUUCUCCUUUUAUAUUUCUCCUAUUCCUGUUAUGCUUACUGCCAGGUGGAGCCAGUAUAUAUGAAGGGAAAAAUGUUGAAAGCAUCUUAAGUUCUAUAUAACCACUGUUUAAUUAUACUUUCCCUCAAAUACCAAAAUAAUGAGGAGCUUAGUGAAAGUGAUCAGAUAGGGUAAAUUAGUGUAUAUAAACCCUUAAUUUAUGUACAGACUUACACAGGCAAAAAUUAAACAUUCCAAACUAAAUGUUCACAAGUUAGCCUUAGUUUCACUUGGUUUUGACAUCCAAGGUCUUCCUGAAGGAAAGAAUGUAUAUGAUUACAUUUAUUUUACCUGACUCCUAAAUUCAUAACCUAAGUUUCCCCCUUGGCUCUUUUACUGUAGGAAAGCCAUUUUGUCCAUGGAAACAUAUUUCCUGAGUGCCUCCUGUACUCAGGUCCCACACUUGAUUGGAUAAUUCCGGAGCUUGUUAUAGUGCCGAAAUCACAGCUGAAUUAAGCAACAGACCGCUCUUUAGAGUAUUGAGAAGUAAUAUUAAUUACUUUGGCAUAAAUGAAACAUUAAGAAGCCUGCUAAAGUGGAUUGUCAAACCAAGGGAACAAUGAAGAUAUAUAAACGCAGAUAUAUAAAUGUAAAUAAUGACCAAAAUAAGAAGUGAAAAUUAGAUUUGAGUUCACUGUAGAGUGAGGGAAAAAUCAAAGUGAAAACUUACAAGGAAAGAGAAGACAUGGGCCUGGUAAAAACAUGAAAUAUAAUUUGAUUU